AUGGCGGAAUCGAUGGUGGAUACAUUUUCAUUCGAGUCGGGUGGGGUAAGAGAUGAGGAUGCCUAUGCAGCGGUCACAGGAAUAUUUGGGCAGUCACUCGCACAUUACCUGGCCACCAAGAAGCAUAAAGAUGAUCCCCUUCUCAUUCAAAUCACGUUCCAAUCGUGCUUCGUUCAAUUCCUUGAGUUCGUGAUUAGCUCAUGGACCCUGGCUAGCAACGAUCUCAACAAAAUGCUCGCCAGCACAUACAAAAGAAUACAAUGCGGUGAGGCACAAGCGAUUUCGGGGAGGUGGCGGGCGCUCACGAGUGCAUACGCCCACAAUCACGAAGAGAGCCAGCUCAUCGCAUUGUUUACACCACAACUCGCGGGACAUUUCUCCAACAUCAUGCUUGCUGCGGGGUGCUCCGUAGCACCAGACAUACUUCGCGCAUCAGUAGAACAAAAGUUAAGUGACAGGAUUGUACUCCUCUUCAAACAAGCCUUGCAGCUUAAAAAAAUCGUGAUGGAGGAGAUCACGUCUGCCGACUUGAGAACGGUCACAGUGCCUUUCGAGACCACAUAUUCUGCAGAGCAGAUGGAGGACGCAUACGUAGACGGACACCCGGCUACUGGAGGCGUUCGGGUGCUGUGCACGACGGAUCUUGGCCUGAAGCGGAUGACCAGGUUGGCCCCAUCAGGAGAAAAACAGUGGGAUAACAAGCUUUUACUGAAGCCGAAAGUCGCACUGAAGACAGUGGUUGAUAGCAUGGAUGGGUAA